AUGUACCUUGCUAGUCAUACGAGACCCGACAUAUCAUUUACAGUAAAUUUGUUAGCAAGGUUUAGCUCAUGUCCAACUCGAAGGCAUUGGAAUGGGAUAAAACAUGUACUUCGUUACCUCCAAGGAACGAAAGAUAUGGGAUUAUUCUUUUCUAACCAGACCAAAGAAGACUUAAUUGGUUUUGCAGAUGCAGGUUAUUUGUCUGAUCCCCAUACUGCUCGAUCACAAACAGGAUAUGUUUUCACAUGUGGUGGUACUGCCAUUUCUUGGCGUUCCAUGAAGCAAACUAUUGCAGCUACUUCUUCUAACCAUGCAGAAAUUUUAGCUAUUCACGAAGCUAGUCGUGAAUGUGUAUGGUUAAGGUCUGUAAUUCAACAUAUACGAGAAGAUUGUGGCAUAUCCACAGGGAAAGAAGCUCCAACGGUUAUGUAUGAAGAUAAUGCAGCAUGCAUUGCACAGCUCAAGGAUGGAUACAUCAAAGGUGAUAGAACAAAGCACAUUUUACCAAAAUUCUUCUUCACCCAUGACCUGCAGAAGAAUGGUGAUGUACAAGUUCUGCAGAUUCGUUCAAGUGAAAAUUUGGCAGACCUAUUUACCAAGGCGCUUCCAACUGCUACUUUUAAGAAAUUAGUUUACCAGAUUGGAUUGCGUCGUCUGAAAGAUCUCAAGUUAUGUAAUCAUGAGGGGGAGUAG